AAACAACAAAAUUUCCCAAAUUUGGAUUGUAACAAAGUACGAUUCACCUAACGUCGUAACUACGAAAGAUUCACACAUACAUAUACCAACUUUUUCCUUCAUCGUACCCACAAAAAUCAAACAAAAACCUUAAAAUUUUCAAAACACUUUUUUUUAAACUUUUCGACACAGUUCAGAAAAAUUUCAAAACAAUUUUUUUGUUUGAAAAGAUGAUGCACAUGACACUAUAUUGGGGAAAAAACGUGACACUGUUAUUUGAUUCAUGGACGACCGAUUCAUGGACGAGUUAUAUACUGAGUUUAAUUGCAUGUUUCGUGAUUGCUACUUUCUACCAAUAUCUGGAGAAUAUUCGGAUUCGGCUGAAGUUUUUUUCCGGCGAGGGAAGGGGUGGUUCUACGGUGGCAGAGAUUCAGACUCCUCUUCUGGGGUUGAAUAAGGUUUCUAGAAAUAAGGUUGUGGAAUCGGUUCUGUUUGGGGUUAAUUCUGCGAUUGGGUAUUUGUUGAUGUUGGCUAUAAUGUCUUUUAAUGGUGGUGUUUUUGUGGCUAUUGUUUUUGGUUUAACGGUUGGUUAUUUCUUGUUUAGGAGUCAGGGUGAAGAAGAGUCUGCAAUUGUUGUUGAUAGUUCUUGUGCAUGUGCUUAGUUUGUGGUUCAAAUUCAUUUUCGUUUAAUAAUAUUUGUGAAUUACUUUAUUUUUUCUGCGAUUUUUCUGUUGUAUGAUUCUAUUCUGUAUCAUCAAAAUGAAAUACUAUUGGAACCUUUUUGUUCUUA